AAUUUAAUAUCAUACAAAUAUGAAAGUAUCAUGGAUUUGUAUGCUAUUACUAGGAUCUUUAGGAAGCAAAGCUAGUCAAAAAGAAAUAAAAACGGACAACUCAUGGAAAAAUCUAAAUAUAAAUCGAAAAAUUGAUCUUUCAAGAUCCUAUAUUCAAGAAACAUCUACAAUUGUUAUUCAGAAUAUAGGAAAUACUCCUUUAGAUGAAUAUUUUUGGAUCAUUGAUAAUGAUAUAACAGAUAAAAUCAGCUAUAUUAAGGCAAAGGAAAAAGAUGAAAAAAAUCUAUUUAUUGAAGUAGCUCCUUCAAAAGAAAAUCCUUUUAAUGACGUUAAAUUAUAUAUCAUAAAACUGUCUAAACCUGUCCUCCCUCAAAGAUCAAUAACCAUAGAAAUUGAUAUAGCUGUAAUAGAUACAUUAAAACCGUUUCCUGAUGUGCUUUCUCAAGAUGAAAUUCAGCAUCUUAAAUGGGAAGGGUUAAAAUAUUCUUUGUCAAUUUAUUCUACAGAAAAACAAAAAACAAUUUUUAAAAUCAGUGCUAAUAAUAUUUUAUCAUAUUCUCAAUUCCACAAAGGCAGUUCAGCAAAUCCAGUAUUAUUAAAGUCACAUCUUAUAUAUAACUUCCCUGAUAUUGUCAAACCAUUUAACAAGGAGUUUAUUUAUAUUCAUUAUACAUACGAGAGACCCAUUACUGUUAUAAAACACUUAAAACGUGAGGCGGAAAUAUCCCAUUGGGGCAAUAACAUUGCAGUAAGAAAUACUUACUCAAUAAUAAAUGCAGGUGCAAGACUUAAGGAAAAUUUUUCACGUUUAAAAUGGGUACAUCAAUUAUAUUAUGGAACAUUUCAUGCAGCGAUACUUUCACUACAGAUCAAUCUUAAAACCGAAACUAGAGACACUUAUCACAUUGAUAAAGUCGGAGUUGUUUAUACAGGAGAAUUCAUAUCAAAUUCAGGAAAUACAACUAUUAAAAUCAAACCUAGAUACCCAAUUUUUGGUGGAUGGAAUUAUUCAUGUACAAUUGGAUGGAAUAUGAACCUAAACAAUUUUUUAAGAAAAAAAAACAAUAACGUAUAUAUUUUAAAAAUACCUUUUGUGGACGGACCUAUAAAUGUUUAUUAUAAAAAUAUAUCAGUGAAUAUUAUUCUACCAGAAGGAUCUAGAGUUUUGGACGUUGUUUCACGUAUCCCUAUUUCUAAAAGUGAAAUAUCAACCUAUAAGACAUAUAUGGAUGUUAUAGGAAGAACAUCAAUAAAACUAUUUGCUACAAAUUUAGUUGAUACAAUAUCAUCAGAAGAAAUUUUUAUAUUAUAUGAUUAUUCACUAUGGAAUAAUUUUAGAAAGCCUUUAACGAUUUCUAUAGCUUUUGGAGUACUAUUUCUUAGUUCAUCAUUAUUAAAGAAACUUAAAAUUAAAAUUGGAGAAUGA